AGCAGAGGAUGGAUGAGGCCAUGGACGCGGGGAACAUCAUCCUCGAACAGUUCGCGGCCUUUGUUAAAGCCAUCACGGCGGAAAGCAUGGAUACUCGAAAACGCUCCAUCCAGGAGGCCAUGGACCAUGUCGCGCACCAUUUCGGGGCUGAAUUUGUGCCCAACGGCUUGGAACUUAUUCGAGCGGAAUUCGAAAGAACAGAUAUGGGUGCGAUGUACCUGAUAUAUCCGUUGGACGCCAAACGAGCCUACUUGGAAACGAGGGGGGUCUUGAUGGAUCCCCAAGAACUCCGAGAACGCGCGAUUAAAAAGGCUAUAGCCGACGUCAAGCUCAAUUUCGGGCACAAGCUUGUGCCUGAUGGGUUACAGGUCGUUCGUGCAGGCUUCAGAAAGACGAAAUGGGAUGAGAUAUACUUGAUUCUCCCGAUGCCGGCCAAACGAGCUUACUUGGAGAGAGAAGGGGUCCUGACAGGUCCCCCUGUGGUCCAGAAACCGUUAAACCAGUAUGCGAUACCCUCAAGCGAAGAGAAGAAGGGCCGGGUGCGUGAGUGGCUUGCAGCUAUGGAUACUACGUGUCAUAGUGUUGAACGUCAAAGGACAGUAUGAACAAUACAAGUUAAUGCCAUCAACUCAACGACUACGCCACUAUGCGUAGUCCGCAUCCAAUGGGUAAACUGGAUGAGAUGAGAAAAAGCUGGUUGUGGGAGUGCAACUAAGAUCUGCGAUGGCGCCACGCGAUGAAGGCUCAAAACAAAGCCAGUCACCAACACAUAAUCCAAGGUGAGAGACAAGAUUGAAUGGGAAUCAAGAUAAAAGUUAGGUGAAUAGUAUGAGAAAAUAUGGGCGAGAAG